AGUUCAGGGGUUUCGUGGACAAUUUUUCCCAAUUCAUGAAGAAAGUGCAACUGGUUCGAUUGGGCUUCGCAAGCAACAACGGGUCAAAAGGGCCCGACCCGCCUCGUUCGGACACCAUCCGCGACGGUCGUCGAUCCCUGGAAGCCGACACGAAGAAGAAGAAGGAGAAGGAGAAGAAGAUGGGGAUGGAAGCGAGCUUGGUGGGGGAGCGGGCGGUGCUGGUGCCGUACGCGGCGGCGCACGUGCCCAAGUACCACGAGUGGAUGCAAGACCCGGCCCUCCUCGCCGCCACCGGCUCCGAGCCCCUCUCCCUCGAUCAGGAGUUCCAGAUGCAGCGCUCGUGGACUCUCGACCCCCUCAAGCAGACGUUUAUCAUAUUGGACAAGGAAAUGGUGGAUGGGAAGUACGUGCAGGGAGAUCCCCAUGUCGAAGCCAUGGUUGGUGAUGUGAACAUAUACAUGAAUGAUUUGGACGAUCUCCAGAUGGCAGAGAUUGAGAUAAUGAUUGCGGAACCCAAGAGCCGUGGCAAGGGACUUGGAAAGGAAUCUGUUCUGAUGAUGAUGGCUUUUGCAAUAAAAAACUUUGGGAUCCACACUUUUCGUGCAAAAAUCGGAGAAUCGAACAGAGCAUCUCUUCAUCUAUUCCAGAAAUUGGGCUUUGUGGAGUCUUCUUACAGCGAAAUCUUCAAGGAGGUGACCUUGGACUUAGAUGUGACAAAGGCGAAGCUGGAGGAGCUACAGUAUCUACUUGGUGAUGUUAACCACGAAUAAGAACGGAUGUGGUCACCUUUCUUUUUUAGCUAUGAGCAGUUAUCUUCAUUUGGGAGAGUGUUGCUGACGUGCACAAUGAUUGGCGCCGAAAGAGUUGAACAGACAAAGUAACAGUUUAUACUACAUCGCAUUUUCUCCCCCUUAUGUAUGUAGAAGUCAGCAUGCCCCAAAGAUCACUGUUUAUCUCUUCAUUGAUAAGUUUAGGGACAAAAUAGGUGAAUUAUGGCAAUAUAUUUUCAGCUACAUUGGGGGCUAGUAGCAGGGGUGAGCAAAAAUACCAGACCAAACCGGCUGGUUCUGGGAAGUUCCUGGUUUCUAAAAUUUGGAACCGGUGAAUAUUAGUCCCGGAUGGGGCUGAUUUUUUUUUUAAUUCUUAUUAUUCCAAAAUUCCAAAACCUUUAUUCCCAUUCUUUGCUUGCUUGCUUGCUCUUGCGAACUUUUGCCAAACUCUUUUUCACGUGUGAUAUGUAAUGUAGAUUGUAAAUGCAUUUGAAUUGAAGCUUGAGAACUUUGUGGCAAACUCUUGUAGUGAUUGUUAUGAUUGGCAAACUUUGUGGCGAACUCACAAACUUGGUUCUUGAUGAUCAUUAUAGCUUUGUUUGUGGA